AACGUCAACCGGGAUGGGACGAGAUCAUCAUAACAAAAGUUGGAAACUUCUUGCGUGAACAGAUUUGAUUCGCGCAGAUUUUAUCCCGGAUUCGCGAUUUUAAACUAGUGUAGUGCUUAAAGUAUUAAGUGGUUUCUUCAUGCCGUUUCGCACAGAUACUGUAUUUGUUGUCGGCGAGGUGCAAUCGACGUGAUAAUUACCUACUGGCUACGAGAUGGUGAUCUCCUUCGAUUACGAACGCAAUGGAAUUGCGGACUUUUUCACCCAAACCGAUCCCGAGGUGCGGAAAGUCACACUGACCAUUGGAAAUAUCAUCUCUAAAAAUACUAUCAAGGAGAUUACGCUUGAAAGUGAGUACUAGAAUCUUUAAAUGUUAUGCUGGAUAACUGCCGCGAUGCCGCUACCCUGCUCUCGAAGAACAUCGUAAAACCCGAAUUCAUCUACCGAUAUCUGCAGAACUACAACAUACAGCUCCCACCGGAGAGUACAAAAGCCAGUUUGAUAAAGCAGUGCCUUAACUUUUGGCGAGUCAAAUAUGGAGCACCAGCUGGAAGCACGCCAAGCUCCGAUCCACAGACGAUUGUUCUUCCGUCCACCUCAGCAGAAUCGAGCUCUUCCAAUAGUACUAUGCAAAAUCUCGUAGCCACCGGUGGGCCUAUGGGAAACCAAACGAAUGGCCCUGGGUACGACACGACAGAUCCGGGACAAGAGCAAUAUCCUGUCAAUUUACUGGCACUGGACUACACCACAUGGUUUUAUCUCAAAUGGAAUCGUAACUCGCUGGAUGAGAGCGCAUUCUGGUCCGAUGCUAUGUGUUCAGUAAUGCUCGAAAUAAGCGAAAGUCAGCAAGGAGUCGAGGAAGUUCGGGGACAUAGGGAUAUCAUGAAUCUAAUUUUGAGCCUCAAGUUUCAGUACAGUUUCCAAUUGGUGCCCAACAUCAUGUUCGAUGGUUGCCAGGGUCGAAUAUCGGAUAAUGGCGUACUGGUGCUGACGGUGGGAGUAGUUUACAACGACCGAAGAGGACUGGACAAUCGGUUGACGACCUUGGGAGAGUUUGAGAGCAUGAUCGGACUGCGCAGAGAUCCCCUCGAGAACAAUAACUGGAAGAUUACUAUGUACAAGCUCUACAUACGGUAUAAACCUGUGGACAAUUUACCUGCCUUAUCGAACAGCAAAAUGCUUACCGAGUGCCUGUUGAUACCACUUACGUUGGAUAGUGUUUGAGUGCCAUUGGGAGGGAUGUGUGCAUUGCUACUAAAGGAUUAUUAUAUGUGGUGAUGCGUUUUCUUAAAUGUCGAACUAAUGAAUAUUUUGUAUGAUGAAUAGUCGACAAUAAACAUUGUUACAUGAAAAGUUUAAAAUGUGAGUAUUU